AAUACAGCCUGUACUUGCAAGAUGAGGUGAAAUUUUCUGUGUCCACACUUCAAAUGCAGUCAGAGUUCAUCAUCUUCUUUCUCAUUCAUUUUUUCAACUCUUUGGUCAACCUGCUUACCUCCCCACCCAAUCAAACGAUCAAAGCAAGUCAUGGCAGAGAGUGUGGUGAGUUUUCUACUGGGAAAGCUUUCAACCUUGUUGGAAGAUGAGGUGAAACUCAUCAGCCAAUUUCGAAACGAAGUUGUUUUUGUGAAGAAUGAGUUGGAUCGUAUAAGAGCCUUUUUGAGAUCUGCUGAUGCUGCUGAAGAUGAUGAUGAGGAAAUCAAAGUUUGGGUUAAGCAAGUUAGAGAGGUUGCUUAUGAUGCAGAAGACAUCAUUGAUGAUUUCUUGUAUAGAUUUAAGCAAUCUAAGAGACAUGGUGGAUUCUAUGCUUAUUUAAGCAAGAUGGUUCGAGGAAUCAAGAACUUGAAAGCUCGCCAUCGAAUUGCAUACCAAUUGCAGUGUAUCAAACUCAGAGUUACUGAUAUUUCUGAGGGACACAAGAGAUAUGGUUUCAAAGAGCUCGGGUCGAGCUCGAGCUAUGGAACUAAACCUUGCUACUUUUAUGAGCUUAGAAAUGAUGCACGGUUGCUGGAAGAUGCUCAGUUAGUUGGCAUUGAGUCACAAAAGCAAGAUCUUUCGAGUUUUCUUAUGGCGAAUUCGAAUUGCUCCCAACUACAAGUGGCUGCAGUUGUUGGAAUGGGAGGGCUUGGCAAAACAACUUUGGUGAGUUCAGUAUAUAAAGAUAUACAAGUAAGGAAUCAUUUUCACCAACUCCAAGCUUGGGUUACUGUUUCACAAUUGUUCAAGCUUGAUGAAGUUUUGAGGCAAAUUAUUCAGCAAUUUUUCAAAGCUAUGAACCAAUUAGUUCCUGAUGAAGUUGAGAACUCCACAGACACCCAUUUGCUAAAGAAAACAAUUGUUGAUUUUCUUAGUGACAAAAGAUAUUUGGUUGUGUUGGAUGACAUAUGGGAUGUGGAUGUUUGGGAAGCAUUGAAAGUUUCAUUUCGAAACAACAAAAAUGAUAGCCGAGUAAUGAUCACAACUCGAAAUGUAGAUGUGGCUUCUUGUUCUACCAAAGAUCUUGGGGGUAAGACCUUAAUCUUAAAUCCUUUAUCUUAUGAUGAUUCUUGGACUUUAUUUUGCGCUAAAGCCUUUCAAGGUAAUCCUUGUCCUUCUCAUUUGGAGAAGAUUUCAAGAAAUAUCUUGAAAAGAUGUGAAGGAUUGCCUCUUGCCAUUGUGGCAAUAGGAAGCAUGUUGGCCACAAAGGACAUCAAUAAGGUAGAUGAAUGGGAGAUUGUUGACCGUUCUUUAAGGGCCGAAUUACAUGGCAAUAGAAAAUUGAAAGGAAUGCAAGCCAUACUUUCACUUAGUUUCAAUGAUUUGCCUUACCACUUGAAACAUUGCUUCAUGUACAUAAGUUUAUUUCCAGAGGAUUACUUGAUUAAACGCAAUGUUUUGAUUCGAUUGUGGAUUGCUGAAGGUUUCAUAGAAGAAAUGGAAGGAAGAACAUUAGAAGAAGUGGCAAAUGGUUGUUUCAAUGAGCUUCUUAACAGAAGUUUAUGCCAAGUGAAUGAAAGAUAUUAA